GGGAGCCGGAGGCUCUCAGCUCCCCCCUCGUCCUUGGAGAAGAAUGUGCCACCAGCUGCUCUCCCUCUGCGAGCACUUUACUCAGAACUGAGGAAAUUCGAGAAAGAGACAAAGGCUCCCGUUGGACCGAGCGAGUUUAAGACACUUGGAUAAAACAAUCGGGGAAAAAAAAGCAGCCACCCACCCCCGAAAGGUGAGAAAGAAGGGAAGGGAAGGGAAGAAGGGCAGGAAGAGAUGGCAGCGUGCAAGCCGCCCGAGCCCUGAAGAGCCCCGAAGAGCCCGUCCGCAGCGCCCGGGGAGCUUGACACACAUGCUUGACCCAGACCUUUCCCUCUGCUGACUUCCGCGGUUGGGCUGUCCGGUUAAACAAUGGAUAACUUCUUGAGUGAGGGAACCCGAGUCUGGUUGCGAGAAAAUGGCCGGCACUUUCCAAGCACUGUAAAUUCCUGUGCAGAGGGAGUUGUUGUCUUCAGGACAGAUUAUGGGCAGGUAUUCACCUACAAACAGAAUACGAUUACACAGCAAAAGGUGACAGCUAUGCAUCCAUCAAAUGAAGAAGGGGUGGAAAACAUGGCUACACUGAUAGACCUCCAUGAGGGUUCCAUAUUGCACAAUUUAUUCCAGCGAUAUCAGAAAACUCAAAUAUAUACCUAUAUUGGUUCCAUUAUUGCUUCGGUGAAUCCUUACAAGACCAUUCCUGGCCUGUAUGACCAGUCCACAAUGGAGCACUACAGCAGACACCACAUGGGGGAGAUUUCACCUCACAUCUUUGCAGUUGCUAAUGAAUGUUACCGCUGUCUAUGGAAACGUCAUGACAACCAGUGUGUUCUCAUCAGUGGUGAAAGUGGGGCAGGUAAAACAGAGAGCACUAAGCUGAUCCUCAAGUUCCUGUCUGCCAUAAGCCAACACUCUUUGGAAUUAUCAAUAAAAGAAAAGACAACCUGUGUGGAACAAGCUAUUCUUGAAAGCAGCCCAAUUAUGGAAGCUUUUGGUAAUGCAAAGACUGUUUACAACAACAACUCCAGUCGUUUUGGGAAGUUUAUUCAGCUGAACAUCUGUGAGAAGGGAAAUAUUCAAGGAGGAAGAAUUGUAGAUUAUUUAUUAGAAAAAAACCGAGUGGUAAGACAGAAUCCAGGGGAAAGGAAUUAUCAUAUAUUCUAUGCACUGCUGGCUGGACUCGAGAAUGAAGAGAAAGAGGAGUUUUAUUUAUCUGUGCCAGAAAAUUACCACUACUUGAAUCAGUCUGGGUGUGUAACAGAUGCGACAAUCAAUGAUAAAGAAUCCUUCAAGGAUGUCAUUACUGCAAUGGAAGUGAUGCAAUUCAGCAAAGAAGAAGUUCGGGAAGUUCUUAGACUACUUGCUGGUAUUUUACAUCUUGGAAACAUAGAAUUCAUCACUGCUGGUGGAGCACAAGUUUCUUUCAAAACAGCUCUUGGCAGAUCUGCAGAGUUACUUGGGUUGGACUCAACACAGCUAACUGAUGCCUUGACACAGAGAUCAAUGAUACUCAGGGGAGAAGAGAUCUUAACACCUCUCAACAUACAACAAGCAGCAGAUAGCAGAGAUUCUAUGGCGAUGGCACUUUAUUCCCAGUGUUUUGCCUGGAUUAUUAAGAAAAUUAACAGUAGAAUCAAAGGCAAAGAUGACUUCAAGUCAAUUGGAAUUCUGGACAUAUUUGGAUUUGAAAACUUUGAGGUUAACCAUUUUGAGCAGUUCAGUAUAAACUAUGCAAAUGAAAAGCUUCAGGAGUAUUUCAAUAAGCACAUUUUUUCUUUGGAACAACUGGAAUAUAGCAGAGAAGGACUAGUGUGGGAAGAUAUUGACUGGAUAGACAAUGGAGAAUGUCUGGAUCUUAUUGAAAAGAAACUUGGACUACUUGCCCUUAUUAAUGAAGAAAGUCAUUUUCCUCAGGCCACAGAUACUACCUUACUGGAGAAAUUACACGCUCAGCAUGCUCAUAACCACUUUUAUGUGAAGCCAAGAGUUGCUGUUAAUAAUUUUGGAGUAAAACACUAUGCUGGAGAGGUGCAAUAUGACGUUAGGGGAAUCUUGGAGAAGAACAGGGAUACAUUCCGAGAUGAUCUUCUCAACUUGCUAAGGGAAAGCCGACUUGAUUUCAUCUAUGAUCUAUUUGAACAUGUUUCAAGCCGAAAUAACCAGGAAACCCUGAAAUGUGGAAGUAAACACAAGAGGCCCACUGUCAGCUCACAGUUCAAGGACUCUCUGCAUUCCUUAAUGGCCACAUUGAGCACGUCUAAUCCUUUCUUUGUUCGAUGUAUCAAGCCAAACAUGCAGAAGAUGCCGGAUCAGUUUGAUCAAGCGCUAGUGCUUAACCAACUGAAAUAUUCUGGGAUGCUGGAGACUGUGAGAAUAAGAAAAGCUGGGUUUCCUGUCCGAAGACCUUUUCAGGAUUUUUGUAAAAGGUAUAAAGUACUGUUGAGAAAUCUGACUCUUCCUGAAGAUGUCAAAGGAAAAUGCACCGUCCUGCUUCACCACUAUGAUGACACUGACAGUGAGUGGCAGCUUGGAAAGACUAAGGUUUUCCUUCGGGAGUCCUUAGAACAGAAGCUGGAGAAACAGCGGGAAAAGGAGGUCUUCCGGGCUGCCAUGGUGAUCCGUGCUCACAUCCUUGGCUAUCUGGCGCGGAAGCAGUACAGAAAAGUCCUUUAUCAUGUAGUUAUCAUACAAAAGAACUACAGAGCCUUCCUCAUGAGGAGAAGAUUCUUGGGUCUGAAGAAAGCAGCUGUAGUGUUCCAGAAACAGCGGAGGGGCCAAAUUGCUCGACGAGUUUACAAACAAAUGCUAGAAGAGAAACGGAAUCGGGAAGAGAAGAGGAGAAAGGAGGAGCAAGAAAGGGAAAGAGAAAAGAAGAGACAAGAAGCUGAGCUUCUUGCCCAGAAGGCUGAAGAGGCAAGGAGACUGAAAGAGCUUGAAGCCCUUCAGAAGGAAGAGCAGCUGAAACAGGAGAUGGAAAAGCAGAAAGAAAACAAACAAGUGGAAGAGAUCUUACGCCUGGAGAAGGAGAUAGAGGAUCUGCAGCGGGUGAAGGAGCAGCAGGAGCUGUCCUUGACAGAGGCUUCCUUGCAAAGACUGCAGGAGCUCCGGGACCAGGAGCUCAGGAGGCUUGAAGAUGAAGCCUGCCGAGCAGCCCAGGAGUUCCUGGAAUCCCUUAACUUCGAUGAGAUCGAUGAAUGUGUCAGAAAUAUCGAGAGGUCCCUCUCUGUGGGCAGUGGCUUUUCUGCAGAGCUCAGUGAACUGGUUAAUGACGCCUGUGGGGAAAAGCCCAAUUUCAACUUCAGUCAGCCUUACCCCGAGGAGGAGGUAGAUGAAGGUUUUGAGGCUGAUGAUGAUGCAUUUAAGGAUUCGCCAAACCCAAGUGAGCAUGGCCAUUCCGAUCAGAGAACGAGCGGCAUUCGGACAAGCGAUGACUCCUCAGAGGAGGAUCCCUACAUGAAUGACACAGUGGUGCCUACAAGCCCUAGCGCUGACAGUACUGUGCUUUUGACGCCCUCUGUCAAUGACUCCGUCAGCCUACACAACUCAUCGAGUGGGGAGUCUACCUACUGCAUGCCCCAGAAUUCUGGAGACCUUAUUUCCCCAGAUGGUGACUAUGACUAUGACCAGGAUGAUUAUGAAGAUGGGGCUAUCACGUCAGGCAGCAGUGUGACUUUCUCCAACUCUCAAAGUAGCCAGUGGUCCCCUGACUAUCGCUGUUCAGUGGGGACAUACAACAGCUCAGGAGCCUACCGCUUUAGUUCUGAGGGAGCACAGUCCUCCUUUGAAGACAGUGAAGAAGACUUUGAUUCUAGAUUUGAUACAGAUGAUGAACUCUCUUACCGAAGAGACUCAGUCUAUAGCUGUGUCAGCCUGCCGUACUUCCACAGCUUUCUGUACAUGAAAGGUGGCUUAAUGAACUCAUGGAAACGGCGCUGGUGUGUCCUCAAGGACGAGACCUUUUUGUGGUUCCGUUCUAAGCAGGAGGCCCUUAAACAAGGCUGGCUGCACAAAAAAGGUGGUGGGUCAUCCACGCUCUCCAGGAGGAAUUGGAAGAAGCGAUGGUUUGUUCUCCGGCAGGCUAAACUGAUGUACUUUGAAAAUGACAGCGAGGAGAAGUUAAAGGGCACAAUUGAAGUCCGGACGGCCAAAGAGAUCAUAGAUAACACCAGCAAAGAGAAUGGAAUAGACAUUAUUAUGGCCGACAGAGUAUUCCAUCUGAUUGCUGAAUCCCCAGAAGAUGCCAGUCACUGGUUCAGUGUGCUGAGUCAAGUCCAUGCAUCCACAGACCAGGAGAUUCGGGAAAUGCAUGAUGAGCAAGCAAAUCCACAAAAUGCAGUGGGCACUUUGGACGUGGGAUUAAUUGAUUCUGUGUGUGCUUCUGACAACCCAGAUAGGCCUAAUUCAUUUGUGAUCAUCACUGCUAAUCGAGUCCUUCACUGCAAUGCUGACACACCCGAGGAGAUGCACCACUGGAUAACGCUGCUGCAGAGGUCAAAAGGAGAUACCCGGGUCGAGGGGCAAGAAUUUAUCGUGAGAGGAUGGUUACACAAGGAGGUGAAAAACAGCCCCAAGGUAUCUUCUCUCAAGCUAAAGAAGCGUUGGUUUGUUCUAACACACAACUCCUUGGAUUAUUACAAAAGCUCAGAGAAAAAUGCUCUGAAACUGGGCACCCUCGUCCUGAAUAGCCUCUGUUCUGUUGUCCCACCUGAUGAAAAAAUAUUCAAAGAAACAGGGUACUGGAAUGUCACUGUAUAUGGACGAAAGCAUUGUUACCGACUCUACACUAAAUUGCUCAACGAGGCCACCCGGUGGUCAAGUGCCAUACAGAAUGUGACGGAGACCAAAGCUCCGAUUGACACUCCUACCCAGCAGCUGAUCCAGGAUAUCAAGGAGAACUGCCUGAAUUCUGAUGUGGUAGAGCAAAUUUACAAGAGAAACCCCAUUCUGCGCUACACCCAUCACCCAUUGCACUCACCACUUCUGCCCUUGCCUUAUGGAGACAUAAAUCUAAACUUGCUAAAAGACAAAGGCUAUACAACUCUUCAGGAUGAAGCUAUCAAGAUAUUCAAUUCUCUCCAGCAACUUGAAUCCAUGUCAGAUCCUAUCCCUAUUAUUCAAGGCAUCCUUCAGACUGGACAUGACCUUCGACCUCUCCGAGAUGAGCUUUAUUGCCAACUUAUCAAACAGACCAACAAAGUGCCCCACCCAGGCAGUGUUGGGAAUCUGUACAGCUGGCAGAUUCUGACUUGCCUGAGCUGUACCUUCCUGCCCAGUCGUGGUAUUCUUAAGUAUCUCAAGUUCCAUCUGAAAAGGAUACGAGAGCAGUUUCCAGGAACAGAAAUGGAAAAGUAUGCUGCCUUCGUUUAUGAAUCUCUUAAGAAAACCAAAUGCAGAGAGUUUGUGCCUUCCCGGGAUGAAAUAGAAGCCCUGAUUAAUAGGCAGGAAAUGACAUCUACUGUUUAUUGCCAUGGUGGAGGGUCCUGCAAGAUCACCAUCAACUCUCACACUACAGCUGGAGAGGUUGUUGAAAAAUUAAUUAGAGGUUUGGCCAUGGAGGAUAGCAGAAACAUGUUUGCCCUAUUUGAGUACAAUGGGACUGCUGAUAAAGCAAUUGAAAGCAGAACUAUAGUGGCUGAUGUCUUAGCCAAGUUUGAAAAGCUCACCGCCACAUCAGAGGUCGGCGACCUGCCCUGGAAGUUCUACUUCAAACUUUAUUGCUUCUUAGACACAGAUAAUGUCCCAAAAGACAGUGUGGAAUUUGCAUUUAUGUUUGAACAGGCUCAUGAAGCAGUUAUCCGAGGUCAUUAUCCAGCUCCUGAAGAAAACCUUCAAGUUCUUGCUGCCCUGAGGCUUCAGUACCUUCAGGGAGAUUAUACAAUGCAUACAGCUGUCCCAGCCUUAGAGGAAGUCUAUCCUUUACAGAGACUGAAGUCUCGCAUUACACAGUCAACUAAAACCUUCUCACCUUUGGAGAGGAUAGAGAAGAGGCGCACUAGCUUUUUAGAAGGAACUCUAAGAAGAAGCUUCCGGACGGGGUCUGUCAACCGACAAAAGAUUGAAGAAGAACAGAUGUUGGAUAUGUGGAUUAAAGAAGAAGUCUCAUCUGCUCGAGCCAGUGUCAUUGAUAAAUGGAAAAAAUUACAGGGAAUGAAUCAGGAACAGGCCAUGGCCAAAUACAUGGCCUUGAUUAAAGAGUGGCCAGGAUAUGGGUCUACACUCUUUGAUGUAGAGUGCAAAGAAGGUGGCUUUCCACAAGAGCUCUGGUUGGGAGUCAGUGCUGAAGCAGUGUCUGUAUACAAGCGUGGAGAGGGCAGGCCUCUCGAGGUAUUCCAGUAUGAACAUAUCCUAUCCUUCGGGGCACCACUGGCAAAUACAUACAAGAUCGUGGUUGAUGAGAGGGAACUGCUUUUCGAAACCAGUGAGGUGGUGGAUGUGGCCAAAUUGAUGAAAGCUUACAUCAGCAUGAUUGUGAAGAAGCGCUACAGUAGCUCCCGGUCUGCGAGCAGUCACGGCAGUCAAGGGAGCUCCCGAUGAAGAACGGGGCCAACCGCCAGGACUUUCAUAUCUGAACGUAUCGCCUUCUGGCCUGGAAGAGCUCUGACCUGCUGAUUGAUUCAAGCCAUCAGCAAAGCUACACAGGACAUUGUAGAAGACCUUUGCAGGGGAAAGGUUUCUCCACAAGUCCUUACCAAUGCCAACUUUAAAAAUCAUGUAUUAAACUGUCAGCUUCACAGUCUGCAAAAUUUCCAAAGCUUUAUUACUUUUAGAUGAUACAUGCCUUAAAUAUAUGUGUAUACGUGUGUGCGCGCGCGCGCGUGUGUGUGUGUGUGUGUGUGCUGCCAUUGAGGUGGCGAAAAGUGCCUUCAUCUUGUAAACCAACACUAAUUGACCUUAACUGUGCUCCUGAUGAGAGAGUCUUUCUUUCCAUUCAGAAGAGUUAAGAAAACAUGGAAGAGGGGAAGUUAAUCCAUCUAUUAUGCACUAACCUCCCAGCCAGACUUCCUUUGCUAGUGGUACAGUGAGGAAUCUGAGGGAUGAGGGAGAGGGAGGGGGAGGGGAACCAGAACCGUCUAUUCUGCUUGGAGUGCUGCUGGCAGCCUUCUUCACAGACAUUUAACUUUGGUUUAUUCUUCUAAGUAGAUGUGCUUGCAAAUGCAUGCGUGUUAUAUAAACUCUAAUUUUAUUUCAUUUCUCAUGAGCAUUAAAAGCAAAGGGAAUAAUGAUGUGCAAUGGUGUAAACAGUCCUUCUGUACAUUUUAAUAGUUCAGAGUUAUAGGUGUUCCAAUUUUAUGGUUACUUUAUAAGGCAGUUUUAUUAAUAAGUCGGAAUCCCAGAUUUUCCUGUCUUUACUGUAUUUCUCAACCACAUUUUGACAGUUUUAUUUUACAUGUAGCAAGUCUGCAUUCUGUAUCUGCUGUAUUAUAUACAGAUAGGUAGCUGAUAAGAUCGUUGUAUUUAUACAUUACCCUCAUACAGAAAUGCUGUUUUCAAUACCAUAUGCCAUACAUGUGGGAUCUUUAGUUUAUAAAGUUUUAAGUAUUAAAUGUUACUCUAAAGGAUACUAUCUUUUAAAACUGUGGCCAGAGAUUACAAAAGAACCCUGUUGGGAUUGGGGAAAAGAUCAAACUCUUGUAAAAUGGAAGAGAUCUUUUAAAGGAGCAUGAAAUUACAUUGUGUUGUUUUAAUUUUUUAAAAUAUAUUAUCCCAAGUUCUUAAUAGUGGUCUUGACAAACACCUGUAAAUAAAUCCGCAAUUAUAACCAGAAAAAAGAUCUGGUUUGGGACGUUUAUUUUUAUAUGGAAAAGUUGUAAUAUAAGGCAAACUUGCAUCAACAGCGAUGAAUCUGUGCAUUAAGAGAAUAAAUGAAAGCCAUUUUGGGCCUUUGCGACAAACCACAGCCUUUAAGAAAUAUUGCAUAUUUGCUCAAAGGAAGUCUGACAAUAAAAGAUCCUAGUUAACCUAU